UUAAAAACCAGUCUGAGUCUGCUGCCCAAGUGCCGUUCAUUAUCGGUUAAUUAUUUCGUCUGUUGUACGAAUUUUCCAUCUAAUAGACGAUCAAUGUGUAUUGUGUUUUUACUACUUUUUAAAUUUUCCUUCGAUUUUAUUGGUUUUUUUCUUCUUCAGUCACGUGAUUCGUGUUUAAAUAUUCGACCAAUUUUUUUUUCUUAUUCAUCGCGUAUGAAUUUUUAAAAUAUUUUUAAAAAAAUUUCUAACAUAUUAUUGUUUUAGCUAGGUACAUAACCACCUACCUACUUAAUUUAUCGUGUAUUGUGUUUAUUUCGUGAAUUUCUUUUCGUUUUGUUUUGUGUUCGCGAAAGUUAUGAUAUAAAUCGUGUUGAAAGUUCAUCCAAGUAAAUAAUGACAAAUGCAUACUUUUCGCUGGCCUUCAUUUAUCAAAUGCAUUCAACGGUAUUUGAAAAGAGGAUUGCACGCUAGAGUAAAUAGUUUGAAUCUAAUCGGAGCUAACUUGAGCGGAAAUGUUGGUGGUAAUGAUGACUCUAGAAUGACGGCCGAAACGUACCCGAGUGUUCCGCCAAGUACGGCUGCCCCAGAUACGGUAGAAAUGGUUAAACUUUGUGGUCAGGGACAGCACCAGCAGUCGCCGCAACUGCAAAAUAAUUGCUCGGAUGACGUAUUCUGUCAGCAGUACUACUACAAUCAAGAAUACGCCAAAAUGGAAGCUUGGCUAGACGAGCAUCCUGAUUUCACGCACGAUUAUUUCAUCAGGAAAGCUACUCGCCAAGUUGUCGAUGCUUGGUUGGUAUCUCACGCGGCUCCUUCGUCGUUGAGCUCCAACUCGUCCCAAGAUAUCGGCUCUCCUACGUAUCCGAACGCGAACUACACGAAUACCAAAUCCUCAUCUGGGGCUACGACGCCGGUUCGUAAGAUCUCGGCUCACGAGUUCGAACGAGGAGGAUUACUCAAGCCGAUUGUCACCACCAUCGAUGGCACUCCUACAUUCCUGUCGGUUAGUCCUACCAGAGAAGGUAUUGCUUCGGAAAAUAACGCCACUCAUCAGUCGUCUGCUGCACAAAACCGCUCUAGACGAAGAUCGCGGAAUGAACUGAAACAUCUGGAUGAAAAAGAACUCAUUUUUGAACUCGUCAAAGAUAUAUGCAACGAGUUAGACGUACGUUCCUUAUGUCAUAAAAUUUUACAAAACGUGAGCACGCUGCUGCACGCGGAUCGUAGCUCGCUAUUUCUAGUCCAAGGAGAUCGUACCGCUGUUCCGGCUCCUGAUACUUCUAAAUGUAAGUCUGCCAGUAUUAUAAACACCACCACUGCUUCCAACAACAACAUCAACAUCAACAACAACAACAAUAACACGUGCAGCCUGACCAAUGAAGAAGACGACACGUUUAAAACUGAAAACGGCCGCAUACAGCCGGUCGGCUGCCUGAGUAUGGAGAAAAAUGCACCGGCUCCGGUUCCCGUCAGGAAUGAAAUCGUGAUGGCGAAUUCGACUGCGCCGCUGAACAUCAUGACGCCCAAUACGGGCUCGGUGGUUGUUGGAUCGCCGAUCGGGUCCACCAACACGGGUUCCAUUGAUCUUCCAUUUAAAAGUGAAACUUUCAGUACGUCGUCGACGCAUUUAAGAACACCCAGUAGCGGAUCUCAUGGCUGCCAUUCCAAAUGUUUAGUUUCUAAACUGUUCGAUGUGUGUUCUCAGUCUACGUUGCAAGAGAUGGAGAAAAAGAAAGAGAUACGAAUACCUUGGGGUAUGGGUAUCGUUGGGUAUGUGGCCGAUAGUGGCGAACCGGUCAAUAUCCCUGAUGCGUAUAAAGAUGAACGAUUCAAUCACGAUAUCGAUGCCCGUACCGGAUACAAAACAAAAUCGUUGUUAUGUAUGCCCAUAAAAGACUGCAAUGGUGAAGUUAUCGGUGUAGCUCAGGUGAUUAAUAAGAAAAAUGAUGGCUGUUUUACCACCAAUGAUGAAAAAAUAUUCUCCAGUUACCUCCAAUUUUGUGGUAUUGGUUUGAGAAAUGCUCAGCUUUACGAAAAAAGUCAAUUAGAAGUUAAGCGUAAUCAGGUACUAUUAGAUUUAGCCAGAAUGAUCUUCGAAGAACAAAGUACAAUCGAGCAUAUGGUGUUUAGAAUUUUGACGCAUACUCAAUCGUUGAUCCAGUGCCAAAGAGUACAAGUUUUAUUAUUACAUAAGGCGUCUAAGGGAAGUUUCUCUAGAGUAUUUGACUUCGAAGCGAAUGAUCUGAAAGGUGAAGAUAAUGAUGAACGAACUAGUCCUUUUGAAAGUCGUUUUCCUAUUAAUGUUGGUAUUACUGGAUACGUAGCUACCACAGGUGAGACUGUAAAUAUUCCAAGCGCUUACGAAGACGACAGAUUCGAUCCGAAAGUAGACGAAGAUGCGGGAUUUAGACAUAAAACCAUUUUAUGUAUGCCAAUUAAAAAUUCAUCCGGCCAGAUUAUCGGAGUAAUUCAAUUGGUAAAUAAAUUCAACGACUUACCGUUUACGAAAAACGACGAGAAUUUUGUCGAAGCGUUCGCCAUUUUUUGCGGAAUGGGAAUACAUAAUACUCACAUGUAUGAAAAGGCUGUGAUAGCAAUGGCUAAGCAAAGUGUUACAUUGGAGUUAUUGAGUUAUCAUGCUUCAGCUUCGCUGGACGAUGCCGUUAGACUGAAAGGUAUGCGAAUACCUUCUGCGGCUAAAUUGAAAUUGCAUGAUUUUUCAUUCGACGAUAACGAUUUAGACGAUCACGAUACGUUAAAGGCAUGUUUACGUAUGUUUCUGGACUUGGAUUUCAUUGAAAGAUUUCACAUUGAUUAUGAAGUGUUAUGCCGUUGGUUGUUGAGUGUGAAGAAAAAUUACAGGAACGUGACGUACCAUAAUUGGCGACACGCCUUCAACGUAGCCCAGACAAUGUUUGCUAUUAUCACAACGACGCAAUGGUGGAAGAUAUUUGGCGAAAUUGAAUGUUUAGGAUUGAUGAUCGCGUGCUUGUGCCAUGAUCUCGAUCAUCGUGGAACUAAUAAUUCGUUUCAGAUUAAAGCUUCCUCGCCAUUGGCACAACUCUAUUCCACAUCAACAAUGGAACAUCACCAUUUCGACCAAUGCAUUAUGAUCCUAAACAGUCAGGGCAAUCAAAUCUUGGGCAAUGUUUCUCCGGACGAAUAUUCUCGUAUUGUUAAAGUAUUAGAAGAUGCGAUUCUCUCAACUGACCUCGCUGUGUAUUUCAGAAAACGGAGCGCAUUUUUCAAUUUGGUCAAAUCCGAAUCAUACCAGUGGCAUAGGGAUGACCACAGAGAGCUGUUGAGGGGAAUGACUAUGACUGUUUGUGAUUUGGCAGCUAUUACGAAACCUUGGCCAAUUGAAAAAAGAGUGGCUGAAUUAGUCACUACUGAAUUUUUCGAGCAAGGUGAUAUCGAAAGGAAUAAAUUCAACACUACACCUAUCGAUAUAAUGAAUCGAGAGAAAGAAGAUCAAUUACCCAACAUGCAAGUUGGUUUCAUCGAUUCCAUCUGUUUACCAAUUUAUCAGGCGUUUGCUGAUUUAUCAGAUAAAUUGGAACCUUUAUUAGAAGGCGUCAAGAAGAACCGAGAACAAUGGCAAAAAAUAGCCAAAGAAGGAACUAAAAAUCACAUCCAAUGCGAAAACGACUCCGACGAAAAUUAAAUCAAUUCCUUCGUUGAAACGAAAAAAAAAAUCCCAAAAAUGAUCAUUUAACUCGUCCGUCACAACGAGAUGUCCAAUUCGUUAAUUUUAUUCAAUUUACGUGGAUAAUUUAUCGCAGUCAUAUCAGUAUUUAAAAAUGUUCUCCAUUAUUACCAAAGAAUUUUUAUGUAAAUAAAACAGUCUUUAAUUGAACAAAUGAUUUUUUUACGAAAUUAAUUUUUUUUUUGUAUUUUAUCGCUAAUGACGAAUAGCCAAAUUGCAAGUACGAAUGUGUAUUUGUAUUUGUAGCAACAUUGUAUUGAAAAUAAUUUUCGUAGAUUUGUGUUUGUAAAUUUGUGAUCAGCUUCUUCGUACAUAUUUCGUUAGUGUUGUCAUUUUUUUCUCUCUUAACAGUGUAAUAUUCUCGAUUUAAAAAUUAAUAAUACGCUUUUGUUUCAUUAUCGCAAACAGUCUUUUUAAAUUUGGUAAAGUGUAGAGCACCUUUUAGCACAGUUUAGUGUUUAGUCUCGUUUAAUGUCGUAGUGUGAAUUUCGUGUGUAUUUUUUUUCUUUUUCUUUUUUCUUUCUUUUUGUAUGUAUAUAUUCGUCGUAAAUUGCUACGAAUGCAUGUGUUAAGCUAUGUUCCUUUUAAUCAGUGAUUAAUGAUGCUAUUUAUUAUUUAUUUAUUUUUUUGUUUUCCUCCUUGUUUUGUCUUGUUUCUUUUCUCUUUUUUUUUCUUUUUUUCCUAAGGUAAAACAUUCGAUUACGUAGGACCAAUUUAGAUGGUAAUUUUUACAAAGUGAGACGCUAUAUUUUAAGAUUCAAAAAUUAAAUGAAAACUUACAUAUGUGUAUUUUAAAAUUUAAUGUAGAUAUUUACUUGUUCUUAUUAUUUUCAUCUCUGUGUAGAUAUAUGAUUAAAAAUUUUUAUCGAAUAAAAUUACAAAUUACGAAACCUA